AUGGGUAAUGAACUGAUCUCUAUAAAAUCAUUUGUGACUGAAUUGAAGAAGGAUAUAGUCGACUCCAAACAACAAUUAAGAAAUGAUGUAACUGAGCUAAGGUCCCAAAUGGUAGAGGAUUUCAAUUCUAAAAUGCAACUACUACGUAGUGAAUUGAAGGCGGAGCUGGAAAAGAAACAAGAUGCUGGGGCCACUGUGAAUGAAAUGGCUGGGAAGACUAAACCGCCGGUGUUUGACGGUUCUGUUUCUUGGUCGGUGUACCGAUUGCAGUUUGAAGCGGCGGCCAAAGUAAACAGAUGGAAUACAAAGGCAGAGAAAGCAACUGGUCUGGUGUUGGCACUCAGAGGCAAGGCAGCCAAAUUGUUACAGACAAUGAAGGACCAGACGGACUUCGAUGCCAUGGUCAAAACAAUGGAACUGCGAUACGGCGACGAACACUUACAGGAAGUGUUUAGAAUACAAUUGAAAAGUCGACAGCAGAAGAGUGGAGAGACACUACAGGAAUUAGCGGCGGACAUUGAGCGUCUUGCCCGUCUGGCUUAUCCAUUGGCAACACCAGAAUUUGUGGAUGUUAUUGUUACAGAUGCCUUCAUAGAUGGAGUGCGAGAUGCGGAACUAAAGAAAGCCAUCCGAAUCAGUGGAAAACGGAAAGUAAGUGAAGCUCUUAUCUAUGCUCUGUCCUACGAAGCGGCCAGAGAUUCAGCGAAGGCCACUUAUUACAGCCGGACGAUAGAUUCUCGGGAGGAGGAUGCUACACAGCUGGUACGAAGACUGGUUGGGGAGGCUAUAGACGAAAGACGACCCCAGGAGGAGGAUCUUGCACGGCUUGUCAGAAGGGUGGUGGAAGAGACUAGAGACGAACGGCGACCCUAUAUCAGACAUAACAAAACACCCUUUCGCUGCUGGAACUGCAACACCCCUGGUCAUAUGCAAAGGGAUUGCACCAGAGUGUUUCGGGGCCGUGAACGCCAAACACAAGGAAGGCAGAACGGCAACCGGGAAAACUAA